CGGCUAUAACCGCCUUGGCCCUCACCGAUCGGUGAGGUGGAGCCACCGCGGGCGGUUCCGGACGCCGGCGUGACAGGCCCUGAAGCCAGAGCAGGAGUAGAAGGUUUACCAGUCUUAGGUGACUAAGCAGUUUCACAAAUAAACCCACCCAGGAGCUUAAAAUAAGUAGGUUCAACUGAAGCAGAGGAAUUGGAAUUUCUCCUGUUGCACAAAAACCAUGUCCAGCAUCUCCAGUGAAGCCGAUGUGAUAAAAACACGAAUAUCUACUUAUGAGGAGGAGGAAGACGAUAACACAGUUCUUUAUGCAUAUGAACCAAACGCUAAAUAUAUCAAUAAACAGGAGAGUGUUCUAUCUGAUGCAUCGUACAAUGACGAGCAACAAAGUACAAUUAUGGAUGUCCUUAACUAUUGCCAGGUUAUAUACAAUGCUAUUCAAAACCUGGAUAAGAAGUUUGAUGUCAUUCAUGGAAAAGUUUCAAAAAUCCACCGUUUGCGUGUGAAAUCAUUCUGGCAAAGUCGCAAGCCACUUGGAUAUGCAUUCAAAAAUUAUAAUUACCUGCUUGCUAAGAAAAUGAGAUACCGGAAAAUGAAGAAAAGGGAGGCUAUGAGUUCAUUCUCGUAUCCAGAAAGUUAUAGCCCAACUACGCCAGUGGGAAGGCGGGAAAUUGACUCUCAGAGCAACAAUGAAGAAACAUCUUAUCAGUCCCAGGAGUACCAGGAGCCAGAGCAGUCAUCCCCACACAGGGAGUUUGAGCGGCCAACCCCCACCCAGAGCCCACUGCCUGCCUCAUUCUUCCCCUCACAAGGAUACCAGCCAUAUUUCACAUCCGAUGAUGUGGUGCCUGGCACUUCUGCAGUGUCCUGCUUUGCCAGCCCUGGGGCUCACAGUGGUAGCAGCAUGCUCUCGUGUGCCCGAUCAGUGCCUUCAGCCAUACUGACUCAAGAAGAAUCGGAUCUGGCACAGAACCCGGAGACGGAAAAUUACCCAGCUAUUGUAGAAAAUAAACAUAUUCUGUCAUCUUUCCACAUUCCUCAAAACUUUGGAUUUGUUUUUUUUCCCCCUGUUGAAGCUCCAAGUUUUAUAGCUGUACCUGACCCCAGUGUCCUGAAACAAGGCUUCUCUAAGGACCCUUCAACCUGGUCUGUGGAGGAAGUGAUACAGUUUAUGAGACAUACAGAUCCUCAGAUAUCAGGCCCCCUCGCCGACCUCUUCAGGCAACAUGAUAUUGAUGGGAAGGCUCUACUCCUACUCAAGAAUGACAUGAUGAUGCAGUAUAUGGGGCUGAAGCUGGGGACUGUCGUGAAGCUGUCCCACUACGUUGACAAACUUAAAGAAAAACACUUUAACUUUUAAAAUUUGUGUCAGUUUAGAUGGGGCUUACUUCUAGGGAAACCAAUUCUUCCUUUUGAAAAAUCAUUUUUCUGCCCUUAGCAAUAUCUAUCUUAUAGAAAGCCCCUCUUACUAUAUGUUAUAUCCAAAAUUACAGAACAUUUCAGUCCAGUUUACUUCCUUAAAAACCACUUAGCAUAUUAGUAUGAGCAUAUUUAAAUAGGAAGUUCAUUCUUAUUAUUUUCAUUGCAUAGUUUAGAAAUAUACUUCAUCGUCUACAAAUAUACUUCAUGCAGGAAACAGUGAACAACCUUUGAUUUUGGUUCACCUUUAUAUAUAGAACCAAAACAGCUAAAAGAGGAAAUAUUUGGGAUUGGCAGCUUCCAUAAUUAAAUCCAUGAGAAUUUUUCCUCACAAGAGAAUUUAUCAGUCAGUGUGCCUUUAGAUAUCAUCUCUUUCUCAAAUAUUUUAUUUGUUCAGAUUUACAGGGAAAAAAAACCUUACAAGGUUUCUUAAAGUAUUCUUAACAAUUUUUAGAUAAAUUAGAGGAUAGAUAAAAUGGUUGUUUUAUGCAAGAGAUAUUUUACAGCAAAAGUACCUAUUUUAAAACUUUCACAUGUUAGCUAAGUUUGGACAUUUAACUAGACAUUCACCGUUCACCUCUCUCUGAAGAUGCCUAUGUCCAACUUUCUAAAAGCUAUAUAUUUUAUUGUCUGGGUUUAAUCCCCAUAUGGGUACUGUUUUAUAUUUAUAUUUCAUUGUAUACUUGAAGCAUAUAUAUGCAAGUGAAUCUUUUUUAAUUUAAAAUGGCACUUUGCACUGCUGCAGAGGGAAUGACGAACUAUGUAUUAACGAGAUAUAUUUAUUGUGUAAAAUUUAUAUGUAUCAUUUGCCAUUUCCAUUACCUCUCAGCUUCCUCUUCAGGGAUAAGAAACCAUCUAUAGACUACUUUCCAUUCAGGGAAGUUCUCUCUGCUAUGCAGUGCUUCUAAUUAAUCUGCUGAGUUCUGAGCCAUUUAUUCUGCUAGAUCUUGAAAAAUCCGUUAGUUCUGACUUAUUGUUUUGGGCUUGAUUUUAUAAGUUAUACUAUUUAUUAUUAUUUGUUACUAUUGCUAUAUAUUAUAUAACUUAUAAACCCUGAUAUAAGGUUUAUAAGCUAUGAGAAUGGAUACUAAUAGUACUAACCAUAAAUUAUAAGUGCCAAUAAAAUUUCACCAGGGGAAAAAAAUAUAUAUUUUCUGUUUAGAAUACCAAGGAUACUUCACACAGAAAUGCGACUGCAUAUUAGACACAUGUGAUUUAAAUGGAGAGUUAAUUUAUGCUAUUCCUUAUGUGUUAUAAGAUGACAUUCUAACUUAAACUUGGUCUUCUUUCAAAUUGUUUGUAUGAAGAUGCUGUGACCAG